GUGCGCAGCUCUGCGCUGGAUCCGGCCUUGCACAGGGUGCUGGGCGAUGCCCGGCCUGAGGCGUCCUCAGAGGGCAUGGAUGAGGCCGCUCUGCUCGCUGGGAUGCCCAGCCCCGAGGACGAGCUGGUGACUGAACUGUUUGGCGCGGAGAGUCAGUUCGUUUCUGAGCACCUCGCCCUGAAAACGCCCGUGGUGGUGAAGCGGGAGGAGGACGAGUUCCACGUCUUCAAGGACGCCUACCUGAGCCCUGCGGACCCCAAAGAGCCCCUGCUGCCAGCCUUCAGCCCCCCACUGAGUGUGGACUGCAAGAGUAAAGUCAAAGUCGAGUUCCUGGGGGAUGAACAGGAGGAGGAACUCCUCGGGGAGUACCCGGGUCUCCCAGAGCUCAACCCCCUGGAAGACGCCGUGCUGCCGGCUGUGCCGCCACCACAGGCCUACAAUGUCCACUUCCUGUCCUCCCUGCUGACCCCACACAGGAGUCCGGCUGUCGUGCCCCUGGGCACCUGGGCCAGGGAAGGCGCGGCCCACGCCGGGGUCCGGGUCAUUCCAGUGGAGAUCAAAGACGCAGGUGCUCCUGUCCCGAGUAACAACCCAGAGGAAGCAGCUUUCCAGAACCCGCUGGCCCAGGAGCCCUGCUGCAAGUUCCCGUCUCCCCAGGAAGCAGAGGACGCCUCUGGCUGCUUGCACAAGAAAGACCCGAACCCCAUGGUGAUCUGCCAGUUGAAAGGGGGCACGCAAGUGCUGUGUAUCGACAACUCUGGUGCCAGGGAGCUGAAAGCACUGCAUCUGGUUCCCCAGUACCAAGACCAGAAUAACUACCUGCAGCCAGAUGUCCCCAAACCAGCGACUACCUUAGUAGGAAGACUUCUGCCAGCCCCAGCAAGAUUAAAUCUCAUCACCCAACAACUCGACAACGGACCUCUGCCGCCGGCCGCCAACGGGGCCCCCUUCCCCGCGGGGUCAGCUCUGCCAGGACCACCCAAACUAGCUCUGGCUGGAGUAACUCUUAGUUCAUGGGACUCAAGGUCUAAAAAGCCAUGUAACUGUACCAAGUCCCAGUGUCUGAAAUUGUACUGCGACUGCUUCGCCAGCGGGGACUUCUGCAACAACUGCAACUGUAACAACUGUUGCAACAAUUUACGCCACGAAAUUGAACGGUUUAAGGCCAUUAAGGCGUGUCUUGACAGAAACCCAGAGGCUUUCCAGCCAAAAAUCGGCCUGGGCCGACGGGGCGACGUCAAGCCGCGGCACAACAGAGGCUGCAACUGCAAGAGGUCAGGCUGCCUGAAGAACUACUGCGAGUGCUACGAGGCCAAGAUCAUGUGCUCCUCCACCUGCAAAUGCGUCGGGUGCAAGAACUACGAAGAAAGCCCGGAGCGGAAAACGCUGAUGAGCGCGCCGGGCAGCGGGAGCUCCGAAGGCGGCCACUGCCUGUCACCGAGGUGCCCGGUGCUGCCGAAACCCAGAAGGGACAGGCGGGCGCCCUCCUGCAUCUCGCGGGAGGUGGUGGAGGCUGCCUGCGCCUGCCUGCUGGCCCAGGGCGAAGAGGCCGAGCAGGAGCGCUGCCCCCCGAGCCUGGCGCAGCAGCGGGUCCUGGAGGAGUUUGGGAGGUGCUUGGCCCAGAUUCUCCAGAUCGAGUUUAAGUCCAAGGGGCUGACGGUCGAGUAGCGCACAGUGUGGCCACAGCGAACGCACCGGACUCUGGAGUUCAGGACGCUGCGGCAGGAACCCGAGGCCGGGUCUGCACCGGCGCCACGGCCCAGCUGGAGCUCCCCUGCCCCGGCCCCAGGCACCCCCCAGCCCAUAGGGGUCCCGCCGCCCAGCCCCCUCUUUGCGGACAAGCUGCCCAACGCGCUGGGCGAGGCGGCGCCGGGGAGACGCCCCCCGUGCCUGGAGUCAGCCCUCCACGAGACGUCUCCGGAGCCUCCUGCGCUAGCGCCACGACGGUCCCCCCGACCCUCAGAAACAGCCUCCAGCUGGGCUGCCCGAAGCAACCGAGCCCCUUCCGACGCGGCUGGGUGCCCGAGUGCAGACCGCCUGGGGUCCAGGCAUGGCUCCCCCAGGCCACCGGGGACGCUGCGGCCCUGCAGCCGCCAGGAGCCCCUCAGGCCCGGGCCUGGCCGCGCCCUGGCUUCCUCCUGGUUUCUGCCCGAGCCAUGGACAGCUCUGCCGCCCCGGGAGCGUCCCCUCGGUGGCUGCGUUGGGUUGUGUUGCUGUUGCUGUUCGUAAAAUAUGGUUAAAAUCACUGGUUUUCAGGAACCAGCAGAUAGGACAGUCAUUGAGUCGACUCUUGUUUCUGUCGUGAAAGCCGAGAGGAAUAAAAAUUUCA